UGUAUCCUUGAUUCUCAUGCAGCAUGGUGGUACACGAAUUCGGAGCGACAGCAUGGAGGCCUCGCGAACGCCAACCCACACGCACGCUUACACCAAGACAGACUCGUAUUCUGGGCAAAUGAUGUCUGCACUAAGGCAUGCUCAGGACCCUCCGACAUUUGUACAGCAAAGCACAGUCUCGGGCGAGGAAGCAGCCAAGCGGCUGGAUACAUAUUCCACCACGACCUGCGGGGGACGAUUUGGUCAGUGGUAUGUGGGUACGAAAGGCACCUCUGGCAAGCGAUAUUGUGGUGCGCGCUUGUCCCGAGGCCCAUUCAUCUGCCUGCAUGUGUUUGGUGUCGUCCUUCUCGUUGCGUUGAUCGUGAUCCCCAUCGUCACUGCCGUGAUUGUGCCCAAAAUGAUUCAAACCAAGUUCGACGAAGCCAUUCGAUUGAAUCCGUUUGGCAAAGUUGCUCCAGACGGUGCAACAGUACCAACCCCGUCGACGUCUGCUUCGUCCAUGCCCUCCAGCUUCGAGGUGUUACCAGACGGCAGCGUAGCAGACUUCCGAUUCAACUUAACAAUAGGCCCUCUGAUGGGCAUCGGAGGUACCGUCGAGCUCGUGGGGCCAACUACGUUCUACAUUGCCGACACCGAGGAGAAGGAAUGGGCAGCCAUCACGAUUGUGCAGUCCGUGUCGUUUCCCGUGGCUUUGGCGACGAAUUUGUCGAUUUUGGGCAAUUUCACAGUGUUCGACACUCCCACGCAAUCGUGCAUCGAUGCGAUCUUUCCGACCAAAACUAUCUCGCUCGUGGUGCACACGCAAUGGACGAUUUCGUUCUGGGGAUUCAAUUGGUAUCGAAACCUGCCGCUGCGAUCGCGCUACGACAUGCCGCUCUCGACGACGUUGCAGGAAAAAUUUGACCAGAUUGUGCAGCAUCCGUUCUCGAACGCGACGUCUGUACCAUCCCCCGCGACAACCCUCCAAAACGCCAGCCCAGCCGCCAUGGCCGCCUCGACCACGUUUGAAUACUUUUCAAGAGGCACACCGUCCAACUUUCGGAUCAACACGACGAUCGCAAACCUGACGAUCCUUCCCGGGGUUGUCGAAGUUGUCGGCCCAACUGUGUUUGCCAUCUCCGACGUCAAGGGCAAAGGGUUGGCUAACGUCACGUUUGACUCGGUGUCCUUCCCGAUACACAAAACGACCCGACUGUCCUUGUACGGUAAUUUUACGAUCUACAGCCUCCCGACGCCGUCCGUCGUGACAGCGAUCCUCACGACCAACCAGUUUGUCAUGGUGGUCAGGACGUGGUGGAAGAUCAAAGCGUUUGGGAAAGUGUGGUUCCCCCGGCUGCAGCUCCAGUCCCAGUUCGACUUGAAUUCCGCGACUGGAACUCAAAUCUGGAGCUCCGUGAAGUGUAGGAUUUACACGUGUUAGUGCAAUGGCGAUUCGAGAAUGGUCGACUCAUGGUUUGCGUUCGCUGCCAAAGCAUAAACAGGCACUUCUAGGGC